UAUUCGUUAUUUUCCUGGCUGACUAUUAAAUCGGUUUCUACUAGCUGGCGGCGUCCCAGUGGAACUCUGUAAAGACGUCGAACAUGUUUCGCGUCGGAUUUCACUUGAUUCUUGCUGUUGCAAUUGUCGGCAUCACCGGCAUAAGUGCUCAGGAGUGCCCUCCGGGUGAAUUUUUUAACUCUUGUGGCAGCUGUGUACCCACUUGUGCCCGACCCGUAAUCGAGGCCUGCGCGGCAGUGUGUUACCAAGGGUGCUACUGCAACGAGGGAUUAAUCAGGUUGACAGGUGGUGGCCCUUGCGUCAGCCCCAGUGAAUGCCCGCCACGAUAAUGUUCGAGACUAUUACUAACGAUGUAGUGAUUUUCAUACUUUCAGUGACUCCACUGAUAAUGACAUGAAUUUAUAUGAAUAUUUAUGAACGUUUUCACUUUUCUUGAUGAAAAAAAACUGUAUGGAAAUUAAAAAGUUUGUAAUCGAA